AUGUCAAGGUCAGUAGAGGCAGCAUUGAGAGAAGACAUUAGAUCUCCUGUGGAUGCAUUAAUUAAGAAGACCAAGACUAAGUUUGCAGUGGAUGUAUCAAGAAGUGUGGCAUAUAGGGCAAGGAGGAAGGCUGUUGAUGUAGUUCAAGGUGACCACAAGCAGCAGUACUUGAGGCUCAGGGAUUAUCUUCAAGCAGUUCUUGACACAAACCCAGGUAGCAGGUGUAUAGUAACAACAUUUGAAGAUCCAGAGAACCCAACACCUACUCCUAGAUUCAAGUAUAUGUUCUAUUGUUUAGCAGCUUCAAAGGAAGGUUUCCUUAAUGGUUGCAGACCAUUUAUAGGUCUUGAUGGAUGCUUCAUCAAGUUAACCACUGGACAGCAAAUUCUUGCAGCCACAGGAAGGGAUGGAAACAACAAUAUUUAUCCAAUAGCUUUUGGUGUGGUUGACAAGGAAGAUGGUGAAAGUUGGAAUUGGUUUUUAACUCAACUGAGAUGUUGCAUUGGCAGUGGCAACAAAUUUGGAACAUACACUAUCAUGUCUGACAGGCAAAAGGGCUUGCUUAAGGCAAUAAAUGAGGUAUUCCCUGAUUCACCUCAAAGGUAUUGUCUUAGGCACAUAUAUGCAAAUUUUCAAUCUGCUGGAUUUAGAGGCCAGGAGCUAAAGAAGUAUUUAGUUGUGAACAAUCUAAGUGAAGUCUUCAACAAGAUGAUACUGGAUGUUAGGGCCAAACCAAUAAGGACAAUGUUUGAAGGGAUUAGGACCAAGCAAAUGAUCAAGAGGCAACAAACUAGGGAGAAGUUACAGAUUAGCAGGUGGACAAUCACACCUACCUACUCAGAGAUUUUAGAAGAGAACAAGCAGUAUGCCAAGUAUUGCCAGGCUGACAGAGAUGGUCCAACAAUUUGGCAAGUUACUAGCAAAGAAAAACAGUAUUGUGUGGACAUGGAAGGGUAUACAUGUGACUGCAAGAGAUGGAACAUGACUGGUGUACCUUGCAGUCAAGGCAUAUCUGUACUGACAAAGCAAAAGCUGCAUCCUGAGGACUAUGUCAAUGACUUUUUCAAGAAGCCACUUUAUUUGGAGACAUACAAAGAAAUUAUAUACCCUAUUCCUGGUCCAGAUUUCUGGCCUCAUACAAACACUCCAGACAUUGAACCUCCUGUGUUCAAAGAAAAGGCAGGCAGAAAACAAACUGCAAGGAGGAAAGGAGAGUUUGAAGUUCCUGCCCCAAGAGACACCAGUAGGAUGGGAACAAUUACCUGUGGAAAUUGUGGGUUGGAAGGACACAAGAAAACAGGGCAGUCUAUGCACCUGCUCCAGUACAAACUCCAAGAGCACCAGCCCCUAGUGCAAGAGCACCAGCUCCUGCUGCAUCAGCACCAGCACCACAUGCAAGAGCACCAGCUCCUGCUGCAUCUGCACCAGCUCCUCCUACAACAGCUAAAAGGGGUAGGCCUGCAGGUGGAGGGAGAGGCAAGGGAUUCAGUGCACCAAGAUCUGUUGCUACAACUUCAGAUGUUUUGGCUGUUAGGAGAGGUAGUUGAUGAACAAGACGAGGUUGCUAGGGCUGAAAGGAGGGCCAACCAUCGAGCACAGGCACAGGAGCGACGCCAGAGGAUUGCUGCCAUGAUUAUGGCGGAACAGAACCAGAAUGACGUGAAGCAGUUCAAGGAGGUGUUCCCAGAAGGAACCAACAUCACAGAUGAACUAAUCAUCUGGUGA